CACAGCCGGGGCCCAGUGGCGCAGCCCGGGCCUGGAGACUGACGGACCGCGCCCGGUGUCUCUUUGAGGCCCUGACGUGGACAAACUUCGAGUUUCACGACUCCGGGUUUCUCCAGCGGAUGGGCCGACCGGUGGAGGCGCGUGAGGGAGACGAAGGGACUUCCGUUUCCUUCACCUAGGCUGGGGCCAGGCCGCAGAGCGGAGUUGGCAUUUCCAGAUUGGGGCUCGGGCCGCGCCUCCUCCGGGACCCUCCCCUUGGACCGAGCUGAUCGCCGCGGGGCAGUUCGGGCCGGCUGUCCUGGCGCGUUGCUCCCUGAGGACAUUAAACUUUGUUAAUGUCCCUUCCAAAAUGUAUUUGGAACUGGAAAUAAUAUCCCUUGGUAGCUGAAUUGGAUCUGGAUGUUGCACAUCUGGACACUAAUGCAGCCUGAAGUUGCUAAAAGGUGGACAAGUCCUAUUUUCAAGAGAAGAUGACUUUUAACAGUUUUGAAGGAUCUAAAACUUGUGUACCUGCAGACAUCAAUAAGGAAGAAGAAUUUGUAGAAGAGUUUAAUAGAUUAAAAACUUUUGCAGAUUUUCCAAGUAGUAGUCCUGUUUCAGCAUCAACACUGGCACGAGCAGGGUUUCUUUAUACUGGUGAAGGAGAUACCGUGCGGUGCUUUAGUUGUCAUGCAGCUGUAGAUAGAUGGCAAUAUGGAGACUCAGCAGUUGGAAGACACAGGAAAGUAUCCCCAAAUUGCAGAUUUAUCAAUGGCUUUUAUUUUGAAAAUAGUGCCACACAGUCUACAAAUUCUGGUAUCCAGAAUGGUCAGUACAAAGUCGAAAACUAUCUGGGAAGCAGAAAUCAUUUUGCCUUAGACAGGCCAUCUGAGACACAUGCAGACUAUCUUUUGAGAACUGGGCAGGUUGUAGAUAUAUCAGACACCAUAUACCCAAGGAACCCUGCCAUGUAUAGUGAAGAAGCUAGAUUAAAGUCCUUUCAGAACUGGCCAGACUAUGCUCACCUAACCCCAAGAGAGUUAGCAAGUGCUGGACUCUACUACACAGGUAUUGGUGACCAAGUGCAGUGCUUUUGUUGUGGUGGAAAACUGAAAAAUUGGGAACCUUGUGAUCGUGCCUGGUCAGAACACAGGCGACACUUUCCUAAUUGCUUCUUUGUUUUGGGCCGGAAUCUUAAUAUUCGAAGUGAAUCUGAUGCUGUGAGUUCUGAUAGGAAUUUCCCAAAUUCAACAAAUCUUCCAAGAAAUCCAUCCAUGGCAGAUUAUGAAGCACGGAUCAUUACUUUUGGGACAUGGAUAUACUCAGUUAACAAGGAGCAGCUUGCAAGAGCUGGAUUUUAUGCUUUAGGUGAAGGUGAUAAAGUAAAGUGCUUUCACUGUGGAGGAGGGCUAACUGAUUGGAAGCCCAGUGAAGACCCUUGGGAGCAACAUGCUAAAUGGUAUCCAGGGUGUAAAUAUCUGUUAGAACAGAAGGGACAAGAAUAUAUAAACAAUAUUCAUUUAACCCAUUCACUUGAGGAGUGUCUGGUAAGAACUACUGAGAAAACACCAUCACUAACUAGAAGAAUUGAUGAUACCAUCUUCCAAAAUCCUAUGGUACAAGAAGCUAUACGAAUGGGGUUCAGUUUCAAGGACAUUAAGAAAAUAAUGGAGGAAAAAAUUCAGAUAUCUGGGAGCAACUAUAAAUCACUUGAGGUUCUGGUUGCAGAUCUAGUGAAUGCUCAGAAAGAGAGUACGCAAGAUGAGUCAAGUCAGACUUCAUUACAGAAAGAGAUUAGUACUGAAGAGCAGCUAAGGCGCCUGCAAGAGGAGAAGCUUUGCAAAAUCUGUAUGGAUAGAAAUAUUGCUAUUGUUUUUGUUCCUUGUGGACAUCUAGUCACUUGUAAACAAUGUGCUGAAGCAGUUGACAAGUGUCCCAUGUGCUACACAGUCAUUACUUUCAAGCAAAAAAUUUUUAUGUCUUAAUCUAACUCUGUAGUAGGCAUGUUAUGUUCUUCUUAUUACCCUGAUUGAAUGUGUGAUGUGAACUGACUUUUAAGUAAUCAGGAUUGAAUUCCAUUAGCAUGUGCUACCAAGUAGAAAAAAAAAAUGUACAUGGCAGUGUUUUAGUUGGCAAUAUAAUCUUUGAAUUUCUGGGUUUUUCAGGGUAUUAGCUGUAUUAUUUAUCCAAUUUUUUUUUACUGUUAUUUAAUUGAAACCCUAGACUAAGAAGCAUCAUAUUAUAACUGAACACAAUGUGUAUUCAUCGUAUACUGACUUAAUUUCUAAGUGUAAGUGAAUUAAUCAUCUGGAUUUUUUAUUCUUUUCAGAUAGGCUUAACAAAUGGAGCUUUCUGUAUAUAAAUGUGGAGAUUAGAGUUAAUCUCCCCAAUCACAUAAUUUGUUUUGUGUGAAAAAGGAAUAAUUGUUCCAUGCUGGUGGAAAGAUAGAGAUUAUUUUUAGAGGUUGGUUGUUGUGUUUUAGGAUUCUGUCCAUUUUCUUUUAAAAUUAUAAACACGUACUUGUGCGAAUAAUUUUUUAAAAGUGAUUUGCCAUUUUUGAAAGGCUAUUUAAUGAUAGAAUACUAUCAAGCCAAGAUGUACUGACAUGGAAAGAUGUCAAAGAUAUAUUAAGUGUAAAAUGCAAGUGGCAAAACACUAUGUAUAGUCUGAGCCAAUCAAAGUAUGUAUGUUUCUUAUAUGUAUAGAACAAAAGAUUUGGAAAGAUAUACACCAAACUGUUAAAUGUGGUUUAUCUUUGGGGGUGGGGGGUUGGGGAAGGGGCCCCAGAGGGGUUUUAUAGGGGCCUUUCACUUUCUAUUUUUUUCAUUUUGUUCUGUUUGAAUUUUUUAUAAGUAUGUAUUACUUUUGUAAUCAGAAUUUUUAGAAAGUAUUUUACUGAUUUAAAGGCUUAGGCAUGUUCAAACGCCUGCAAAAGUACUUAUCACUCAGCUUUAGUUUUUCUAAUCCAAGAAGGCAGGGCAGUUAACCUUUUUGGUGCCAAUGUGAAAUGUAAAUGGUUUUAUGUUUUUCCUGCUUUGUGGAUGAAAAAUAUUUCUGAGUGGUAGGUUUUUGACAGGUAGACCAUGUCUUCUUAUCUUGUUUCAAAAUAAGUAUUUCUGAUUUUGUAAAAUGAAAUAUAAAAUAUGUCUCAGAUCUUCCAAUUAAUUAGUAAGGAUUCAUCCUUAAUCCUUGCUAGUUUAAGCCUGCCUAAGUCACUUUACUAAAAGAUCUUUGUUAACUCAGUAUUUUAAACAUCUGUCAGCUUAUGUAGGUAAAAGUAGAAGUAUGUUUGUACACUGCUUGUAGUUAUAGUGACAGCUUUCCAUGUUGAGAUUCUCAUAUCAUCUUGUAUCUUAAAGUUUCAUGUGAGUUUUUACCGUUAGGAUGAUUAAGAUGUAUAUAGGAUGAAAUGUUAAAUCCUCUGCCUACAUUUGUGUUCUUGACUAGUAAUAGUAGUAGAUACUUCUGAAUCAGUGUUCUCUCAAGAUCCUUAAAACCUCUUGGAAAUUAUAAAAAUAUUGGCAAGAAAAGAACAGUUGUUUAAAUAUUUUUUAAAAAACAUUUGAAUAAGAAUCAAUAGGACAUAAACUAGAAGUUUAAAAAUGCUUCAUAGGACAUCCAGGGUUUACAUUAUAAGAUUCUCACAACAAACCUAUUGUAGAGGUGAGUAAGGCAUGUUACUACAUAGAGAAAAGUUUGAGAGUAAAACUGUAAAAAAUUAUAUUUUUGUUGUACUUUCUAAGAGAAAGAGUAUUGUUAUGUUCUCCUAACUUCUGUUGAUUACUACUUUAAGUGAUAUUCAUUUAAAACAUUGCAAAUUUAUUUUAUUUAUUUAAUUUUCUUUUUGAGAUGGAGUCUUGCUUGUCACCCAUGCUGGAGUGCAGUGGCAUGAUCUCUGCUCACUGCAACCUCCCCCUCCUGGGUUCAAGCGAUUCUCCUGCCUCAGCUUCCUGAGUAGCUGGGAUUAGAGGCAAAUGCCACCAUACCCGACUAAUUUUUGUAUUUUUAGUAGAGACAGGGUUUCACCAUGUUGGCCAGGCUGGUCUCAAACUCCUGACCUCAAGAGAUCCGCCCGCCUUGCCCUCCCAAAGUGCUGGGAUUACAGGCUUGAGCCACCACACCCAGCCAAAGCAUUGCAAAUUUAAAUGAGAGUUUUAAAAAUUAAAUAAUGACUGCCCUGUUCCUGUUUUAGUAUGUAAAUCCUCAGUUCUUCACCUUUGCACUGUCUGCCACUUAGUCUGGUUAUAUAGUCAUUAACAUGAAUUUGAUCUGUAUAGUCUAGACUUUAAGUUUAAAUUUAAAGUGUUCUACAAGGGGAGAAAAGUGUUAAAAUUUUUAAAAUAUGUUUUCCAGGACACUUCAGCUCCAAGUCAGGUAGGUAGUUCAGUCUAGUUGUUAGCCAAGGACUCAAGGACUGAAUUGUUUUAACAUAAGGCCUUUCCUGUUCUGGGAGCCACACUUCAUUAAAAUUCUUCUUCUAAAGCUUGUAUGUUCAGAGUUAAGCAAGACUUUUUUUCUUCCUCUCCAUGAGUUGUGAAAUUUAAUGCACAACGCUGAUGUGGCUAACAAGUUUAUUUUAAGAAUUGUUUAGAAAUGCUGUUGCUUCAGGUUCUUAAAA